AUGGAAAAGUACAAUAAGUUGGUGAAUGAAAUCACCAAUUUUACCCAACAACCAGGAGAGACUUUAUGUGCAGCCUGGACUCGAUACCAGGAGUUGAUUAGAAAGUGUCCACAAUAUGACUUGCCAGAUACAAAGAAGGUCAGAGUCUUCUAUAAUGGGAUGACACCAGAAUGCAGAAUGAUUGUCAAUGGUGCAGCUGGUGGCACCAUAGGAAAGAAGACAGCAGAUGAGACCUUAGAGCUGCUGGAUUUAAUGGCAAGGAAUGAGAAUGCGUCUAUGGCAGUAGCAUUCCCAUCUGUUCAGCCCAAGAAAGGAAUUUUACAAUUGGGGAAUAAUGAUGCAUCACUGGCUGAGCAAAAAGUGAUUUCACAGCAAUUGGCCAGUUUGAAUGCCAAGCUGGACAAGAUGCAGCUCUCUACAUCCAAGGUUGAUAUAUUUAACUGUGAGUAUUGCAAGGAGCUGCAUGAUACUAAUGAGUGCCCUACACUCAAUAGAGCUGAACCAUUCCAGGUCGAUAGAAUUUGGUAUGAUCCAAGGCCUCCACAGAAUAUUCAAGGUUACCAAAGGAAUCAGAAUGGCGGCCAAGGAAAUAACUUUCAAAGGAGGGAUCAAGGGAGUGGCUUGGAUUAUAAAUCCAACAACUAUCUGCAACCUCCUCCUCUGCCACAAAAAGAGCCAUCUGAAUUGGAGAAAGCGAUGAUACAACUUUCCAAAACCACUAAUGAUCACAUAAAUGAGACAAGAGCCUACCACAAGAACCAAGACGCUUCAAUCAGAAACUUGGAAACUCAAAUUGGCCAACUUUCAAGACAACUAGUUGAGAGGAGUCAAGAAAAGAGCGAUGCAGUGUCAAAGGAGCAAUGCAAUGUCAUCACUACAAGGAAUGAGGAGCUAGAAAAAGAGAAAGUUGAAGUUUCUACAAGAAAGGAUGAACAAGCUCAAAAGGAUGAAGAAGAAAUUAAUAUUCCUUUUGCAGACACUCUGGAGCAAAUGCCCUCAUAUGCCAAAUUCUUGAAGGAAACAUUAUCUAAGAAGAGGAAGCUCACAGAGGAUGAACCUGUCACAUUAACAGAGGAGUGCAGUGUAAUCCUACAGAAAAACAUGCCUCCAAAGUUGAAGGAUCCAGGAAGCUUCAGUAUUCCAUGCAUCAUUGGCAAGACAACUAUAGAGAGAGUCUUAUGUGAUCUUGGUGCCAGCGUUAAUGGUGAGUUGAUAAUGUGCGUGGAUGGAGAGCAAACAAUAUUCGAAGUACUUAUAAAUGAAGCUCCUCCAUUGCCUGCUCCUCAACCUAAGAAUCAAGUCAAUUACAUUGCGGAGAAAAAGGUUGAGGAAAGGAAUAAGAAGGAAAUUCAUCAGUGGCAUGAAGGAAGCAAGCCAAAGGUUAAGAUGGAAAAGCCCAAGGGUAAGGAAAAGCAUGUGAGAACUAAGUUUAAAGUUUCUGAGAACCCUCAUCCUUAUCCACAUGCAUAUGAGUAUAACCAUGGUGAGACACAAAUUCUGAGCAAGGGUAUAGUGUCAUCACUGAGCCCGAGUUACCAGCCACCAUGA